CCGUACUGCGUUUCGGUUCCGUUUACCCUGGCGCUGAUCCUUCUUCUUGGAAGCAUCUUCUUGUACAAUACUUUAGCGUAUUAUCAUUGGAUGUUUUCCUGCCGUACCUCAGCCCUGAUUUCUUCUCCUGAAAGCUACAGUGGAUUUGGUUUCCAAGCUGCUUAACUCCCUCACGUUGUCUUUAGUCCUUUCCCGGCUUAUCCGCGAUCUGCCUUGGUUUCUAAUCGAAAGUGCGGCCUCCUGAAUCACAACCUUCAGCCGCCAGCUACAUUCCUCCCACGAGAUUGAGGAUCCUCUCUGCAAGAGUCUGACUGCUUGAGGACUAGCCCUCCUUGCAUAAUCAAGUAAACCACCGUUUCUCUCGCUCGGCCCACCCCUCUAUUCAACCGAUGGCUCGCAUAUCGAUCCGACGAGCAAAUACAUUCUCAAUGGUUCUAUCCACAUCGUGGGUAGGGAUACUGUUCAUUGUACUUCUUUUCAACACCCGAACAGCAUCUGCCCGAGCUCUGCCAGACAUAUCCGAUCAUAUUAACAACAUGUUUGGAACUCCAAAUCGUACUGCUGGACCGGUUGGCGAGAUCCAAUGCUACGCUCUACCUUACGGAGCUAUUGGGAUCAUCUCUCAUCUCCUCACAUACUGGACUAUUGCCUGGAUCGGCGUUGGGAGGUCCCCAGUGUGGCCAUGGCAUCGCCUGACAUCCACUAAGUUCGACAUCUUCUUGGCAAGCGUAACGUUAGUGACAUGCAUUCCUAUCGCUUCAAUAUCAAUCCACCGCUGCCGUCUGAGUUGGCACUUCGUUUUGAUUGGUGUCUGGAAGCUUGUCACAUCUGUAUCCCUCGCUUGCAUAACCAUCCACCGCGCCGUCAUCUCCCACCGCGAGGCUAAAGCUUCCUCGGACGGAGCAAUGCUCUUAAGCAACACGUCUCAUCAAUACACCCCGUACCAUCCAUACGGCUCACCACAACCAAGCCAAAUGUACACUCAACACAAUACAACUCGCACCACCUUCUUCUCCGACCCUAACGACCCUAACGACACACCUAGCAGCACCAACCACAAUCCUCUCUACUGGCUGACUCUCUAUCUCCUAGGCACAGUCACUGGUAUGGUGGGUCUCGGUGCCCUUAUUUAUACCUCCUUCCGGCACAACAAGGACGUCCGAAACCUCACUUACGGCUUCGCCAUCGCCAUCGCCAUCAUCCCCAUGAUCACCGCUGCAUACUGGUAUAAAAAGCACUUGGGACUUCCCCAACGCGGCUUUAAGACUUUAUGGGAAGCAUACAAGCAUACAUUCGGCGGUGCACUACUUGCAUUUAUUGCAGUUUUUGGCUUCUUCUCCGCACUGUAUAGUGAUCUCGCGUUGGGAGCAAUUGCUGGGAAGUGGAGUGGGGUGCCGAGUGAAGAUUAUGCACCACUAUAUUGGGCGUGGUUUGUCGCUAAGAGAUUGACUAUGUUGUCGCAUUAGAUGUCGUUCUGAUUCGGCUUCGGCUUUGAGCAGGCGUUUGAGAUAUCUACUAUCUGCAUUAGCGUUGGAGUCUAGGCGAUUGCAUUAUGAUCUAUUUGUGCGAACACUGCAUGUAUAUCUCGUCGAAUAUCAGAAAAACACAGAUUCCU